AUGGCACGCUGGUCAAACACCAUUGACUGCGUCGAGCGCUUUUGGCGCCACAAGGCCGUCCAAUACAACAUCAACGCCGACGAGCUUUUGAGCCGCAUUCAUGGCUUCCCUACCCUAGAUGUUCUCAAGACCUGGUUCCCUGCAGAGUUCCACAACCCUGAGGGCGCCAGGCUCUUUGAAUCGGAGAUCAUGCACGACGCCGACGCAUCUCUGGACCCGAAGAAAUGGACUAUUGUGACCGCUGCCACCGAGGACCUGGCGCUGUGCCGAUUGGGACAGGUGGACUUGCCUGUGCCUGCCGAGAUGGUCUCUGCAAAGAACGUCGCCAGGGGAAAGCCCGAUCCGCAAUGCUACCAGAUGGGUGCCAAGGUACUGGGCAUUGAGCCGAGCGAGGCAUUGGUGUUUGAGGACGCCGUUAACGGCACCAAAGCCGGGCAUGCCGCAGGCGCUACAGUCGUGGGAGUGCUGACGUCGACGCCUGAGCAGGCACUGAAGGACGCCGGUGCGAAGUAUGUGAUUCAAGAUUUUGCAAACGUCCGGGUUGAGGACAGGGCGACCACCUGGUGAUUUCGUUCUGAGAUAGAUAGUUGGGAAUACAUUAACAGAAUCGCAAAUAAUAAAUGG